AUGAAUAAUACCAAAUUUAUAAAACUGCUAUCAUUAAACCUAGACAAAAAUAUAGAUAACAAUUUCGAACGAAAAAAUGACUUUUUUUAUGGAUCCGAUUUAUCACAUAUAUCAAGUCAUGAUGAAAUAAAAUCAAGCAGUUUGUUAGGUUUAAUUUCUAUUAAUAGUUUUACUAAUGAUUCAAAAAAUUCAAUUAAAAGUGAAAAUUUAAAUCCUUUUAAACGUGUGCAUUCUUUAAAUGAACACACAUUGAACUAUAAAACAUUAUGGUCAGAAAAAAGUAAUGCACUAUUAUUUAAUAAUAUGUUUACAAAAUUUAAUACAAACCAUAAUCAAAUAUAUACUUUCAAUUCUUGUGAAAAUUCAAAUACAAUUUUAUCUUAUAAAUCCAAAUCAAGUGAAAUAACUUUUGAUAGUGAGCCCAAUGAUAUAUAUAAAAAACAUUCUUCUAAUUUUAAGUCUAACUCUUCUAAUAAUGAUAUAGACAAUUUUAUUUAUAUCGACACAUUUAAUUCAGACGUAAAUAAACAAAUCAAAAAUCGUAUUACAAAUAAUGAAUCUCCAUUAUCUUUCUAUUUAAAUCAAAUUCAAAAUUAUGAUAUAAACAAAUUUAAUCAAGACAAAAAUAAUUCGAUAAAAUCCUCACAAUUUAUCAAAAUUAAUAAGGAAAUAAAUCAAACAGACUUUUUUAAAGAUAUCAAAGAAGUUCCUACAGCCAAAAAAAUGACACCGAAUUACCCUUUCAAAAAAAAUGCAACUAAUUAUGUUUUAAAGUACAUUAGAAGAUAUAACAAAAAUAUAAAUGGAAUUAAACUCCAAAAUUAUAGAGUAAUAAAAAAAAUGCUUCGAAAAAGCAGAAAAGCUUGCCGAAGUAUUAUGCUAAGAAAUUUCCAUAAUAAAAAAAAUAUAAUAAACCUUCUAAUGUAUAUGGAAAAAGACAAAAAUAAAAAAUAUUUUUUACAGCUGUUUUAUUAUUAUGUUAUUUCAUUUUAUUUAAAAAAAAUUCCAAAAAAAAAAAAAAAAUUAUGCUACAUAGACAAAUAUAUAGCAAAAAUUUUAUUUCAAAAUGCGUAUAAGUAUAAAGAAAUAAAUACAAAAACGUUGCCAAAUAAUAAAACAAAUUCUAAUGAUUAUAAGUUUUAUGUUCUUGGUAAACUAAAUCAAAAUGUAAUAUUAGGGAAAGGGAAUUCUAUAUUUCCUGGCUCAACUAUUUUAGCAACAACAGCAAAAAUAUAUAUAGGAGAUCAUAAUUUAUUUGAAGACAAUGUUACUAUAAUAAAUACCACAAAUAAAAAUAUGUACAUUGGCAAUUAUAAUAUUUUUCGAUCCGGUACACACAUAAUUAAUUCUCUCAAAAUUGGAAGUAAUAAUUAUUUUGAUUAUAAAAGCACAUUAUAUAAUUGCACUAUAAAUGUGUGUGCAUUUGUAAAGGCAAAUAUACUUAUGAGUAUGAAAGAAACCGAAAAAACAAAUCCCUACUUUGCCAAUAACACUAUAACAAAUAUUCAUCCGAUAUUUAUUAAAGAACAUGUCAAUGAAAUAAAACUUAGAUAUAAUCACAUGAACAGUUCAGAAUAA